AUAUGUUAUCUACUUGCACCACAUGUGCAACACCCCUAGCUUUUACACAAACAUAUAGUUCUGCAUGUGCGUACACACACACACACACACAUACACCAGACCGAGUUUGCGGAGCACUGUUAUGAAGAAUCACACUCUUAAUUUGCUGCCAAUUUUGGCCCUGGCAAGUUUGUUCAUCAAGAUAAGUGGAUCGAUCUCUCUUCGCCCAGUUCUGACUGGUCCUGACAUGGCCUACCUCAGCUCGAGGGUGGUUUUCUGGUGUAUUGCACCAGACUCCUCUCUGCCAGUCACAUAUGAGCUGAUGUGGGACGCUGGUGUCCUGAUUGGCACGGUUGCUGAUCUCCAGGGGGACCAACCUGCCUCAUUCAAACUUAAGGUCACUGCAUCGUCGGAGGGGUCAUACCACUGCAAGGCGACGACAGGAAGAAGCACGGGAGUCAGCGACAGCAUCAAGCUGAGAGUAGUCACUCCACCAUCAAACACCAAAGUGACUUCUGAACCCUUUCCCCCCGUCGCAUAUGAGGGGUCACGCAUCGUACUGAGCUGCAGCGUCACAAAAGGCUCCCACCUUUCCUACACCUGGUUUUUCAACAGGAAGGAAGUAACAUCUAUAACCUCCCCUCUCCUUCUCCUUACUGCAAACAAACUAGUGGUGAGAAAUGUGGCUCCAGAGCAUGCUGGGUACUACUAUUGCAUGGCUUGGUCCAGGGUGCAGGACACCAAGAGGUUUUCCAGCAGCUCAGAGGUCCAGGUGACGGUCAAAAAAUACGUUUCCAAACCAAGAAUCUCUUUCUACAUCUCUAAAGAGGGAGCCAGUUAUCAUGGCAACGUGACCUGCUGGUCAACAAGAGGGAGUCCUCCGGUCAACAUCUCUCUUUCACUAGAUGACAAAGAAGUGGGAUCUGCCACAGCUACUGAGUCCCUCAGUGCCUGGUUCCCUGUUGCCAUGGUACUUGGGCGGGACAUGGGCAUGGCUCAGUGUCGGCUUACAACUGAGGUUCAGGAGUUGAUGAGUGAGCCUGUGACUCUGGAAGUGGUCCCAGUCGGAGGUGAUGUAAAAGUGGAGGUUGAAUAUCUCUACACAGCUGACUCCAAAAUGGCCGCCGCCAGGUUGAGCUGUCAUAUCAGCAGAGGAACAUUCCCUUAUGUUUCCUGGCUCUUGAACGAGUCUGUCCUUCCCUCUGAGACACAUGAGGACUCCCAUAUCCAGCCUGUCCUGUCUCACUAUGCCCUAAUGGACCAUAGACAAACUCUUGUUCUGACCAAGCUCAGCCUAGAGGAGCCUGGGUAUUACCGCUGUAGGUCCAGGGACAACUACGAUGAAUCCGGGCCGUGGGUGGAGAGUGCAGCUGUGCUGGUCCAAGUCACAGACUGGAACCUUUACUCAAUGCCUCGAGAAACACCUUCCACUGAAACACCAUUAAAGGUUUUCAUGAACACCAUAGAGGUCAUUAGCAUAGUGUUCUGCUGCCUCCUUCUUCUAACGUUGGCAGUGGGUGUAGGCUGCAUGUACAAGGUGUUUGACUACAAGCAAGGCCAUGCCCACAUUACAACAACAAAUCCCACCCCUGAUGCACUUCCUCUGUCUGCACCCAUGUCCCAGUCAGGAGGCGAACGGGACGAUACGGACUGGGAUUCUAGUAGUGUAGUCAUAUUUGAAGUAUACAGUUGCAUUAAAGACAAUAAUUCUUCUUUGAGAAUGUUUGCUUCCCUCACUUUCGUGGUUGUACUGGUGUUGUGCUACUGUAGCAAGGAGAGCAGUCAGUCAAUUCUGGGGCGUCCACAACUGUUUGGCCCUUCGGAGGCUUUGGUGAAAAGCAUUGCAGAGUUUUCGUGCAAACUGAAAAUUUACCCAGAGAAUGAAACUAUCCUGUUUCAGUUAUUUAAGGAGGAUAACCGUGACAAGUUUUUGGGUGAAUUCACCUCCUUGAAUGGGGAGGUUGCAGUCUUCCUCAUGUCUAUCAAACCUAAACAUGAGGGAAACCUGGAGUGUGUGGCCAAGGGACAAAACAACUCUAACAUAGAGCCCACUGUCAGUUACCCACACUACCUGAAGGUUGUUGAACCAGUGCAAGGUGCGAAGAUCAGCGUUCGUUCAGGUCCAGUGGAGUUCUUUGAGGGGAAGACACUGGAGCUACACUGUGAUCUUACUGCUGGAAAUCAUGUCUCUUACAAGUGGCUGCUAAAUGGACAACUUGUCUCUCCAUCUCGUCUCCACUAUGUUGCAGAUGGCCAGCUCUUAAUCCACAGAACUACUUCUAAAGACAGCGGCUCCUACCAGUGUGUUGCCACCAACCACUUCAACAAAACAGACUACACCAACAGCUCUCAAGUUGUAAUCACAGUCAAAGAUGUGGUGUCAACCCCUGACAUCUCCUUCACUGUGUUAAAGCAAGAUCCCCACAACUAUUAUGCCAUGGUCACCUGUCAGUCAACCAAAGGGACUCCGCCUGUCACCUUUUCACUGUACAACAGGACAGAAUUGGUUUCCAAUAAGACAGUUGAAGAGACACAAGCCACAUUUAAGGUUUCAUUGGUCUUGGGCCUGCACAUGGGAUGGCUCCAGUGCCAAGCAGACAAUGGAGACCAGAUCAAAUUCAGUCAAUGGAUUCCCCUAGAAGUUGUCCCUGUUGGUGGGCCUGUGAUGAUGCAUUACGACUACGACAUAGGAGAAAACUACGCAGUGAUCGGCUUGAGGUUCUACUGCAAGGCGGCAAAGGGAUCUUUUCCACAGUACCAGUGGUUCCUCAACAAAACCCUACUACAUGACCAAGGAAGCUUCUUUUACGUGGUCAACCAGCCUCCAGAACAAUCAAUACUCCUGCUAUCUGUAGGGAGGAGCAGCACUGGAACAUACCACUGUGAAGUGUCAGACAGCUUUGACAACACCACAGCCAUAGGCAGUAACAAGCUGUAUUUGGAUAAAGAAGUGCUGAAUCGUCUUCCCGUCUUGGUGGUGGCAGUUGUCUUUGGAUGUUUCACAGCACUGAUUCUCCUGGUCUCCAUUUGUUGUUGGCUUGGAACAAUUUUCAGGCAAAGGCAGUAUGGCGAUAAGUCUCUGAGCUUGGAGAUGGAGGGAAGGGUAGCUGCAUAUGAGAGCGAGCUGGACUCGUCAGAGUACCAUGAGGAUGCGGAUGUGGUGAACACGGCCAGAGCUGGUGAAUUUGAUCAGGCAUCUGAAGCCUCCGUAGAUGAAUGGCCCAAAUUUAAGGCCUGCCUGAAAGAAGGAGAGGACCUGGGGUCUCAUUUAUAAAACUGUGCGUAACAGCCGGUGGUACCAAGAAUGGCGAGGACUUGUAUUCGGACCAGGAUGGCAUGGUUCCAGUGCGUUGCCCUCUCUACUGGACCCAAUUCAGCCCAUAGAUCCAAGAGUGGAGCUUUAGUGAAUUUAAAUCUUCAUAUUAGCCAGUCGUGUGUGGCAUCAU